CGCGGCAUGUGGGAUCUUCCCGGACCCGGGCACAAACCCGUGUCUCCUGCAUCGGCAGGCGGACUCUCAACCACUGCGCCACCAGGGAAGCCCUGCGGGCCUUCUUUUGCUGAUACUGCUGCCGAUAGAACCCAGGAAGACUCUGGGCAUUGAGCAUCCUGGGAUCUAGGGACCUGGCUGGGGAUGGGGAGGAUGGGAGGAAGGCAGGAAUGGAAAGGGCUCCACAGUGGUAGGCACCUGUCCACAGUGCUCUUAGGAUGGUGAGGGUGUGGUUUAGCUGGACUGGCUGCCCCAGAGGUGUGGGGACCCCAGCCUAAGGCAGGGUGCCUGACCUGUGCUUGUGUGGCAGCUCUCCCUCUCCUGCCAAGUCCCACCUCCUACUCCAGGAAGCCUUUCCUGAUGACCCGGGACCCAUCGUGAAUGUGGCAUGUGUCAUCCUAUGGUGUCUUUUUUCCCUUUUUUUAAAAAGUCCUGUCUGUUCAGAUAGAUUUUAAGUCCCUGGAGUACAGACACUGUCUUGUAUUUUUGGUACCUCAACAGCUGGUACAUGACGCUAAAAAGAUUUGUCAGGUAAAUCCUCCUAAGUGCGCCCAAGGGGUCCAUGGUGGCCUCAAAGUGUUUCAUUAAACCUCAGACAGUUAAAGGUGAGGCAGGACUAAGGACGCGGCAGAUGGAGGGGGUCUGGGAUGGAGACCCCUCCCUCUGCAGCCAGGCCCCUCGUGGGGAAUCUCCGGGGACACACCUGUGUUUUUCUCUCAUGGAUGCUUACUCUCUCUGCCUCGACCUCACUGUCAGAGCUCAGUCCAGACCUGGACAGCCCUGGUGUGAAGUCCAGGGCUCAGUGGACACAAAGCCUUUCCUCCAGUAUGACAGUGACAGAAACAAGGUCAAACCUUUGGGUCUCCUGGCGGGGGAGGUAAAUGCCACCAAAGCAUAGACAGAAUUGAGCCAAAUGCUGGGAGAAGUGGGGCAAGAGCUCAGGAUGGUCCUGCCUGAUGCUUCUUUGUGUAGGGGCACAGAUCCGCCCACGCUGCAGGUCAAGCUGUGUUGUCAGCACGAAGCAGAGCGAUGCACUGGUGCAUCCUUGCCCUUCAGCAUCAGCAGACACACAGCCCUCCUUGAAGCGAUGAACGUGAACCAGACAGUCAUCACUCCUGGAGCCACAGGGGUCAAAGAGGGGUGGGAGAACAGCCAGGAACUGCCAGAGUGUUUUAGGAAGAUCUCAGUGGGAGACUGCAGUCACUGGUUUAGAGAAUUCCUAGAACACUGGGAGAACAUGCUGGAACCAGAGCCCAUGGGUAACUAA